AGAGCAAGCUGGGCAAAGGAGGGCCCAGGAGGAGGAGGAGGAGGAGGAGGACUAAGAGGAGGAGGACCACUCUCCAGGCAUCCUUUGGGGCUCCUUGGCUUGGGAGUGCCCCCUUUGCUCCAGCCUCCCUUGGACUUUUGCCUUUCUUCUUGUUUAUUCUUCCUUUUCCUUUUUUUAAUCCCUCCUUUUCUUCCCUGGGAAAUCAUGUUCUUGGGGCAGCUGCUGCUGCUGGAGGCAGAGGCGCCUUAAGAGGCGCAAAGUUUGGAGAGGAAACAGGGGGGGACCCAGCUCUCCAUCCUUUUUGGAGGAGGAAGAAAAGAGAGAGGAAGGAAGAAAAGGAGGAGGAGGAGGAGGAGGAGAAAGGCCUCCCUCCCCCUCCCUCCUUUCCUCUCCUCCUUUUCUUCUUUCUUUCUUUCCUCUUCCCCCUUCCCCUCUUUUUCUUUCUCCCCUCCUCCUCCUCCUCUUCCUCCUCCUCUUGGAAAGGAAACAAAAUGUCCGCCCGAGCAGCUGCUGCCGCGACUGUUUCCAGCAAGAGCACAACAAUGGAAGAAACGGCUAUAUGGGAACAACACACAGUGACGCUUCACAGAGCUCCUGGAUUUGGGUUUGGCAUUGCAAUAUCUGGCGGAAGAGAUAACCCUCAUUUUCAGAGCGGCGAAACAUCCAUAGUCAUAUCAGAUGUGCUCAAAGGAGGUCCAGCAGAAGGGCUGCUGCAGGAAAAUGACCGCGUUGCAAUGGUUAACGGCGUUUCGAUGGAUAACGUGGAGCACGCUUUUGCUGUGCAGCAGCUGAGAAAGAGUGGGAAAAAUGCCAAAAUCACCAUCCGACGGAUGAAAAAAGUUCAGAUCCCAGUAACCCGGACCGAUCCAGACCCUGUGUCCGAAAACGACGAGGACAGCUAUGAAGAAGAUAUGCAUGAUCCAAGAGGUUCCCGUGGUGCUGCGAGUGCGAACAGAAGGCACGAGAAAAGCUGGGUGAGGGACCGAAGUGCCAGCAGAGAGAGGAGUUUGUCGCCGAGAUCGGAUAGGAGAUCAGUUGGAUCCAGUCAACCUGCAAAACCCACUAAGGUCACGUUGGUGAAAUCCAGGAAGAAUGAAGAGUACGGAUUGCGCCUUGCCAGCCACAUAUUCGUGAAAGAAAUAUCCCAAGAUAGCCUGGCAGCGAGAGACGGCAAUAUUCAGGAAGGUGACGUUGUACUAAAGAUAAACGGAACAGUCACGGAAAAUAUGUCAUUGACAGAUGCCAAGACCCUAAUAGAAAGGUCAAAGGGCAAGUUGAAGAUGGUGGUUCAAAGGGAUGAAAGAGCAACUCUGCUGAACGUCCCAGAUCUUUCCGAUAGCAUUCACUCGGCCAAUGCUUCGGAAAGAGAUGACAUUUCAGAAAUUCAGUCGCUGGCAUCCGAUCAUUCCAACCGAUCCCAUGACAGGCCCCGCCGCAGUCGUUCACGAUCUCCUGACCAGAGGUCAGAGCCUUCAGACCAUUCCAGACAUUCUCCACAGCAGCCCAGCAAUGGCAGUCUCCGGAGCAGAGAUGAUGAAAGAAUAGCAAAGCCAGGAUCCGCAUCUACGCCUGUGAAGAAUGCAGAGGAAACCCCGCUCCCCAAAUCAGCGGAAGAAUCUGUUACAGAGAGAAACGAUAAACAGACACCACCCCUCCCAGAACCAAAGCCAGUAUAUGCUCAAGCUGGGCAGCCAGAUGUGGAUUUACCUGUCAGUCCAUCCGAUGGCCCUUUGCCAAAUUCAACGCAUGAAGAUGGAAUGCUCCGACCAAGCAUGAAGCUUGUAAAAUUCAAAAAAGGAGACAGCGUGGGCUUGCGGCUGGCUGGUGGCAACGAUGUCGGGAUAUUUGUGGCCGGUGUCCUGGAGGACAGCCCUGCUGCCAAAGAAGGCUUGGAAGAAGGGGAUCAGAUUCUCAGGGUAAAUAAUGUAGACUUUACAAAUAUCAUCCGAGAGGAAGCAGUCCUGUUUCUGCUUGACCUCCCUAAGGGGGAAGAGGUAACCAUUUUGGCACAGAAGAAAAAGGAUGUUUAUCGACGCAUCGUUGAGUCAGAUGUGGGCGACUCUUUCUAUAUCAGAACUCACUUUGAAUAUGAGAAGGAAUCUCCCUACGGACUUAGCUUCAACAAAGGAGAAGUCUUCCGGGUGGUGGACACAUUAUACAAUGGCAAGCUUGGAUCCUGGCUGGCUAUUCGGAUUGGAAAGAACCACAAAGAAGUUGAAAGGGGUAUUAUACCCAACAAAAACAGGGCUGAGCAGCUGGCGAGUGUGCAGUACACGCUUCCAAAGACGGCAGGUGGGGAUCGUGCUGAUUUCUGGAGGUUUCGAGGCCUGCGCAGCUCAAAGAGGAACCUGAGGAAAAGCAGAGAAGACCUUUCUGCCCAGCCAGUACAGACCAAGUUCCCAGCGUAUGAAAGAGUUGUUCUUCGAGAAGCUGGAUUUCUCAGACCUGUGACGAUCUUCGGACCGAUUGCGGAUGUUGCGCGGGAAAAGCUGGCACGAGAAGAACCGGAUAUUUACCAGAUUGCAAAAAGUGAACCAAGGGAUGCUGGUACAGACCAGCGUAGUUCGGGCAUUAUUCGGCUUCACACAAUAAAACAGAUAAUUGACAGAGACAAACAUGCACUACUGGAUGUUACUCCCAACGCUGUGGACCGCCUGAAUUACGCACAGUGGUAUCCCAUAGUGGUAUUCUUGAACCCUGAUUCGAAGCAGGGCGUAAAGACUAUGAGGAUGAGGCUAUGUCCAGAGUCCCGGAAAAGUGCAAGGAAAUUGUACGAAAGGGCCCACAAGCUACGGAAAAACAACCACCACCUUUUCACAGCUACUAUUAACUUGAAUUCCAUGAAUGACGGCUGGUAUGGAGCUCUUAAAGAAGCAAUUCAGCAACAGCAGAACCAGUUAGUAUGGGUUUCAGAAGGAAAGGCAGAUGGUGCUACCAGCGACGACCUCGACUUACACGAUGACCGCCUGUCCUACCUGUCAGCUCCGGGUAGCGAGUACUCCAUGUACAGUACAGACAGCCGGCACACUUCCGACUAUGAGGACACGGACACAGAAGGUGGGGCCUACACUGACCAAGAGCUGGACGAGACCCUCAACGAUGAAGUUGGGACACCUCCCGAAUCGGCCAUUACGCGGUCCUCUGAACCUGUAAGAGAAGAUUCGUCGGGGGUGCAUCAUGAGAACCCCACAUAUCCUCCCUAUGCAGCUCAAGCUCAGACUCAGCCAAAUCACAGGAUAGAGUCUCCUGGGUUCAAAACAAACGCUGCUCAACCGAAAGCAGAGGCCUCACCUGCAGUCCCCUACCUCUCCCCGUCGCCAGAAACAAACCCUCCUCCGGCUUUGUCAUCUUCGGCGGUUAACCUCAGGCUGGAGGAGCCGGGCAUGGCUACGUACAACCAUUACCAGCCACAAGCCGGGCCCCUGCGAACACCCAGCCUUGAGGCUCCUCACUUAAUGCUCAGAGACCAAGAGCCGCCAUCCUUAUCGCCGCACUUAGAUCCAACCAAGAUGUACAGGAAAGACCCUUAUAUCAAUGAGGAGCCUCCUCGGGCAAACUAUGUCUUAAAACAGCCAGCGCAGAGGCAGGAGAAAGAUUCAAACCUGACCUACGAGCCGCAAGCCCCAUAUGCAGAGAAGCAACCUAACCGAGAGUAUGAGCCGCUGGCGUACAGGUAUGACUCCACAAACUACGUGGACCAGUUCUCGCGUGGCUACGACCCCCGUCUCCAUUACGAGGAUCGCGUGCCUCCCUACGAUGACCAUUGGGCCUAUUAUGACGAAAAGCCUCCCUACCAGCCCAGGCCUCCUUACGACAACCAAGCCCCCAGAGACUUUGACCCCCGGCUGAAUGCUGAAGAGAGCACAGAACGCGGCUAUUUCAUGACGCAGCCCCGUUUUGAAGAACCCCCUUCAGUGGCGUACGACCGGCCUCGCUAUGAGCAUGCCCCGAAAAACUUCAACAUCACACAGCUACGGUAUGACGAGCAGACGCCAGCGGGAUAUGAAGUACACGGGCGAUACAAAACAGAGACUCCGCAGGCCUACCCCUCUGCAGUGCCCAGAUCGCCUGAACCCAAGCAUUAUUUUGAGCCGCAACCCCGAGGCUAUGAGCAAGGCCCCCCGCAAGGGUUUGGCGCAAAGGGAGGACAAUUCGAACCUUCUCCCAGUCCAGCUGGGGUGCACCCUUCCCUCCCAUUGCAAAACAAGCCAGAAGUUCUGCCUUCCAACAGUAAACCACUGCCUACUCAACCAGCCGAAGAGGACGAUGACCCAGCCAUGAAGCCUCAGUCAGUGCUGACCAGGGUUAAAAUGUUUGAAAACAAAAGGUCGUCAUCGCUGGAAAAAAUAAAGGACUCAAACGAAGUCCUUGCAGCCAAGCAGCCUCCAGAGCUGGCACCUAAACCUAACAUCACCCCAAUGAGCGGUCCUAAACCAGUCUCUCAAAAUCAAUACGAACAUGACAAGCCAGCAUACAGGGCGCCAGAACCACAGAGACCUCAAACGAAGCCCCCCGAGGACAUUGUUCGGGCAAACCACUACGAUCCCGAGGAGGACGAGGAAUAUUACCGGAAACAGCUCUCCUAUUUUGAUCGCCGGAGUUUCGAAAACAAGCCUGCUUCUCAGGUCCCUGCCAGCCAUCACGCUGAGCCUGCUAAACCAGCCCAUCUCCAUAAUCAGCUGAAUUAUACAAACUACUCUUCAAAGGCGAAAUCGAUAGACGUGGAGCCUUUGGAUAGGGCUGUUGGCGAGAAGCGUUACGAGCCGGUUCCUCAAGUGACCCCCCCUCCGCCUGUGCCUCCGGUGCAGUAUACACAACCUCAGUCUGUGAACAACCCUAUUGUGUCUCUUCAGCCCAAGUCUGCACUUGCUGAAGUCAACUCUGUGUCAGACUUUCCGAAUUCAACCCUCACGAAGCCUGAGCCACCGCCGCCUCAGAACAAGCCGCCUGCUUUCCGAUCUUCCAGCCGAGAAGACACCGUACAGUCCACCUACUACCCUCAGAAAAGCUUCCCGGACAAGGGGCCGGUGAACGGGACUGAUCCGAUCCCAAAGACAGUCACCCCCGCUUACAACCGCUUCACAACGAAACCUUACACGAGUGCCGCUCGGCCCUUUGAACGCAAGUUCGAAAGCCCGAAAUUCAACCACAACCUCCUGCCAGAUGAGAAUCCCCAUAAGCCAGAGUUGCCAUCCAAAUCUCAGAAUUCUCCUCAGCCUCUUUUAAAAGCACACAGCUCGUCUCAGCCAGAGUUUGACAGCACGAUGGAUACGUUCUCCGUACAGACCGACAAGCUCAAAUACCAACCAAAUAACAUCAGUGCUGUGCCUAAAGCCAUUCCCGUAAGUCCUUCUGCUUUGGAAGACGAUGACGAAGAGGAUGGACACACUGUAGUAGCCACAGCGAGAGGCGUUUUUAACAGCAAUGGCGGUGUCCUAAGCUCCAUAGAGACUGGAGUUAGCAUAAUUAUACCACAAGGAGCCAUUCCAGAGGGAAUAGAGCAAGAAAUCUAUUUCAAGGUCUGCCGAGAUAAUAGUAUCCUCCCACCUUUAGACAAAGAGAAAGGUGAAACACUGCUCAGCCCUUUGGUAAUGUGCGGGCCCCAUGGACUAAAGUUCCUGAAGCCAGUGGAGCUACGCUUACCACAUUGUGCGUCUAUGACCCCUGAUGGUUGGUCUUUUGCUCUAAAAUCCUCCGACUCCUCGUCGGGUGACCCCAAAACCUGGCAGAACAAGUCUCUUCCCGGGGAUCCAAACUAUCUUGUUGGAGCGAACUGUGUGUCAGUUCUCAUAGAUCACUUCUAACUCUUGUGUUAGCAAGAUUUGACUUAUAAGAGUGAAACUGAGAUUUAAAAACAAAACAGAACAGACCUUUGCCUAGAGAAACUGAACCACUCUUUUCCAAGUAUUAACAUUUCUCUUAGUAUUAAGCAAUCUUUGCUUUGACUAACAACGGAUAGUGAGUUCCUUCUUGAACCAUGGUCAGGGUAUAUACAUGUCGUUGGGCGGCCGUUCACCCAGGGACGAAGGCACGGGUUUUUUGGGUUCCUUCUGGCGUUCCUUAACCAUACACUUUCGGAUGCAUCUUAGCUUAAAACUCUCUUAAACUACCACUGAAGCAACGCAGUCUAUUUUUAUAAAAAAAAUUAAUUCCUAUCCCCUGCAAAGAGGAAUUGAAAUUUGGUUCACGACCCACUGUUGAAUUAGGUCUUUUUCUUAACUAAAGUUUUCCUUUCUUUUCUUUUCUUUUUUUUUAAUAUAUUAAAAAUAAAAAUACAAAACACCACUGUGUGUUUUAUAGAAUAUGCAAAGACUCUUGCAGUCACUGUUUUUGGGUUGGUUUGUUUGUUUGUUUUUAAAAUUAAAAAUAUAAAACCGGUCACCUUUCGGUGCCGUUGCCCACAAAGCAGAAAUACAGUUUUUUGCUAGCACAAUGUAGAAAUCCUUUCUCUUCGGAGAGCUACGCACGUCUACUUUAAUUGUACAUGAAACACACUCCCCUUUUUUUGUCAUGAAGAAAGAGAGGAAGCGCAUGUGAUGUGACUAUGGUGCAUUUGCCUCCGUCGGUUUGUAAAUUAACCACGUUCUACGACAAGAAACACAUUAACCAGCAGGGAUGCCUUACCCUCAUGUCAUUUUAGUUCUCUGUACUACUCAGUUUGUAUGGCUUCUCUGCUUACCUAGACUAAUACAUCCUGAGAGAGGUUGAGAAACCCUAUACAUUUUGUGAACUUGCUUGUUCAGAAAGAGAGAGAGAAAUAUAUAUAUAUUUAAUACACACAGAGAGAGAAAUAUAUAUAUAUUUCUUAAUUCUACACUUGGGUUUUGUUUUUUUGUUUAUUUUUGCGCUGAUCAACCAGAGGAAAAAAACCCGAAGAACAUGAUGGUAUGUUUUCUGCUAUGCAUUUUGAAAAUUUAUAGAUGUUAUAGAUUGCUUGUACAUAACUUGCGCAUACCACUUUUGUUCUUGGUUUGUAAAUUUAACUUUUAUAAGCUUUACCUUUUUAUAUAUAUAAAUAUAUAUAAAAAAUACAAGACAAAACGUUUCUUAAUAUCUUUGUAUUCUCAUACCUUUUGAGCCUUCAACUUUGACAUCUUGCAGCAAUAAAGCAGCAUUUCUACCGUACGUGAAAAACAAGGACUUUUUUUUCUAAAAAAAAGAAAAUGCACAAAGUUGUUACCUUUUUAAGUGCUGCAUUUAAAAGACUAACUCGGAAUUCUCUAGUUUGAUUACAUUCUUGGGGGGGGAAACCAACAACAGCAGAAGUAUCCCUACUGUAAUUUUGUGAUAAGGAUGCUGUCCUAUGUGCCCUGAAAUGUAUUUUUUUACUAAUAGACAAUUUAUUACGGCACAUCAGCACUAUUUCUGUUUAGAUAAUAUACCACUGCAUUCUGUUAAUCAGUUCUUUAGCUAUUCAGGUGUGGCUGAUUUUUUUUUCUUUGCCGUUAUUAAAAAUUACACAUUUCUAAAUAUACAGAAUAAAAACUGUUUUUAAAAUAA